AUGGGAGGCAUAUCCGCUAAGAAGACCGAAUACUUCGCCAAGCUCCGCUCCUUGGUUGAUGAGUACAAGAGCAUUCUCGUUGUCGGUGUGGACAACGUCUCUUCUCAGCAGAUGCAUGAGAUUAGAAAGGCUCUUCGCGAUGAUGCUGUUGUUCUCAUGGGUAAGAACACCAUGUGGAGACGUGCUUUCCGUGACUUUAUCGAGGAGGUCCCUGCUCUUGAUGUCCUUCUUCCUCUCAUCAAGGGAAACAUUGGUUUCGUUUUCACCAACGCUGACCUGAAGACUGUCCGUGACAUCAUUGUUUCCAACAAGGUUGCUGCCCCUGCCCGUGCUGGUGCCGUUGCUCCUAAGCCUGUUAUUGUUCCCGCCACCAACACUGGUAUGGAACCCGGUAAGACUUCAUUCUUCCAGGCUCUUGGUAUCCCAACCAAGAUUAACCGUGGUACCAUUGAAAUUAUCAGUGAUGUCCAGGUUCUUGCUGCUGGCGACAAGGUUGGUCCUUCCGAGGCCACCCUUUUGAACAUGCUGAACAUUUCCCCUUUCACUUAUGGUAUGACUGUCAGCAUUGUUUACGACAAUGGCCAGACUUUUGCUCCUUCCAUUCUUGAUAUCACUGAUGAUGAGCUUAUUGGCCACUUCCUUGGUGCCAUUAAGACCAUUGCUACUAUCUCUUUGGCUGCCAACUACCCCACUCUUCCUGCUGUCAGCCACAGCAUCAUCAACCACUACAAGAACGUUCUUGCUCUUUCUAUUGCCACUGAGUACACCUUUGAGGGCUCUGAGGCUAUCAAGGACCGUAUUGCUAACCCUGAUGCUUAUGCUGCUGCUGCUCCUGUUGCUGCUGCUGCUGCCGAGACUUCUGCUGCCGCUGAGGAGGCUCCUGCUGAGGAGGAAGAGGAGUCCGAUGAUGACAUGGGCUUUGGUCUUUUCGACUAA